UGGGGCCCGGGCCAUUGUGAUGCCCGAUGACCCCAUAGAGUAAGGCCAGCCAGAGCCAUCCGCAGGGCAGAGGGCUAGUCAGGGCCGGGCCGGGCCGGGCAAGGCAAGGAGAGGCUCUGGCCUGGCAGACACACAUGGCGGAGGUGGAAGAGAUCCUCCUGCAGCUUCAGAAGGACAACAGGGAUGGCCGGCUGCGGAAGCAGGAGCUGGAGGAGCUCAUGAGGAUCUUGGAGACCGAGAGCGACAGCCUCGUCCUGACCCUGAGGAGCUUAAGGGAGAGAGAGCGCAGCCUCCAGCGGAGGCUGAACCAGGCAGCCGGGGCUCUCCGAGGGGAAGCCGAGGACGUGGUCAAGACCCGGGCAGCCCACACCCUGGAGCUCAUCGCCGUCGCCACCGAGCAGAAACUUAUCCUGGAGAGGAGCAACCAGUUACUUCAGGAAGAAUGGGAAGAACUCUCCAGCCAGCUUUUCUACUAUGGAGGGGAACAGCAGUGCCAGCGGAGGCAGCACCGGCGCCUGCAGGCGGAGCUUCUGGGCCUCCAGAAGCAGCUGGAGCUCAUGGAAUCCAAGUCCGCGCUGCAGGCCGAGGGGAUCCUGAAGGGCGUCCUGCAGAAGGAGGAGGCCUGGGCCAGCUUCCAGGAACAGAGCGGAGUCCUCCAGGAGCUCCAGACCAAGGUGAUGGAAGUGGCCUCCAUGCUGGACCUACCCCGGGAGGGGGCGGAGUCGAAGCCCGGCCAGUUUUCCUCCUUGACCACAGCUCAUGGCUCCCUCAUGGAGGAGGUGGCUGAAGCCAGCUUUGAAAACAGGCUGAGCUGCACCGGGCAUCUGUCCAGGCUCAGGCUUGUGGCCAUCCUCGGGCUCCGGCUGCUGCUCCCUCUGUGGGUCCUGGGCCUCCCCCUGUUCUAUCUCCACCUCAUCAACCCCAACGCCAUCAGAGACGCCCUCCCUCGCCUGUGCUCCCAGGGCACCUUCCGGCGCCUGCGCUACACCCUCUCGCCGCUGCUCGAGCUCCAGACCAACAGCCUGCUGCCCACUUAGGCCUGGCCCAGAGCAGCCGGCCCGCUCCCAGCUCCUCCUCCCCAGGCCUC